AUGGUGGAACUCUUCCUUGCAAGGGAAGAUAUACAAGUGAACGUGCAAGAAGCCCCUCCACUGUUCUAUGCUGCCAGCGAGGGCCAUGUGGAAGUUGUACGCCGAUUACUUUGCUUUGAUACCAUCGACAUCAACCAGCAAUCAUGGAACACCUCGCCUCUGUGUGUUGCCUCCAAGAUGGGCCACCUGGAAGUUACAAGGCUACUACUUGAGCACACAACACCACCUGAUAUCAAUCUCAAAAAUCACAUGGGAGACACUGCACUUUCCUUGGCCGCUUGCCGUGGCCAUUUGGCUAUCAUAAAUCUUUUGCUGGAAGUGGAUGAACUGGAUGUUACCGCUACUAAUAAAUUCGGGGACACAGCGUUAUGCAAAGCAGCUCGGUUCGGACACGAACACGUCGUCAAGCGUCUGUACAGGGACACUCGGGCAAAAUGUGCUAGUGAUGUGAAAAGGGCGAUUGAAGCAGCUUCCAACCGUAGAAUUGUGCUUUACCUUGAAGGUCGCUUGAAUGAGCAAGGCAACUUUUGCACUGGGCCUUGA